AUGUUUGUGUGGGUGUGUAACUGCUGGGUUCAGUGGUUUAAUGUAAGCAGCAACAGAUUCAGUUCCGACGCUGCUGCACUUACAUCCUCUCCACCCGCAUCCUCUCCAUCCUCUCCACUCUCAUCAUCUCCACUCUCAUCCUCUCCACUCUCAUCAUCUCCACCCGCAUCCUCUCCAUCCUCUCCACUCUCAUCAUCUCCACUCUCAUCCUCUCCACUCUCAUCAUCUCCACCCGCAUCCUCUCCACUCUCAUCAUCUCCACUCUCAUCCUCUCCACCCGCAUCCUCUCCACCCGCAUCCUCACCAUCCUCUCCACUCUCAUCCUCUCCACUCUCAUCAUCUCCACUCUCAUCAUCUCCACUCUCAUCCUCUCCACUCUCAUCAUCUUCACUCUCAUCAUCUCCACUCUCAUCAUCUCCACUCUCAUCAUCUCCAUCCUCUCCACUCUCAUCAUCUCCACUCUCAUCAUCUCCACUCUCAUCAUCUCCACUCUCAUCAUCUUCACUCUCAUCAUCUCCACCCGCAUCCUCUCCACCCGCAUCCUCUCCAUCCUCUCCACUCUCAUCAUCUCCACCUGCAUCCUCUCCACUCUCAUCAUCUCCACUCUCAUCAUCUCCACUCUCAUCAUCUCCACCCGCAUCCUCUCCACUCUCAUCCUCUUUACUUACAUCCUCUCCACCCGCAUCCUCUCCAUCAUCUCCACUCUCAUCAUCUACACCCUCAUCAUCUCCACCUGCAUCAUCUCCACUCUCAUCAUCUCCACUCUCAUCAUCUCCACUCUCUUCAUCUCCACUCUCAUCAUCUCCACCCGCAUUCUCUCCACUUGGAGUGUAA